AUGGAUGCCUCUUUCCAGGUAUCUGUAACUCAAGUCAGGUUGGAGUGGAGUACUCUGAUCCCUGCAUGGCUCCGACAUCGGCAGUUAGGGUUGCACAUGAAAGGCCAAAACUUUAUGCUAGAGGAUUCCAUCUUCUGGAUCUUUGGGGGCUCCAUACACUAUUUCCGUGUGCCCCGGGAAUACUGGAGGGAUCGCUUGCUCAAGAUGAGAGCCUGUGGCUUGAAUACCCUCACCACCUAUGUCCCAUGGAACCUCCAUGAGCCAGAAAGAGGCAAAUUCAACUUCUCUGGGAAUCUGGACUUAGAGGCCUUUGUCUUGAUGGCUGCAGAGAUUGGGCUGUGGGUGAUUCUGCGUCCAGGCCCUUACAUCUGCAGUGAGAUUGACCUUGGAGGCUUACCCAGCUGGCUACUCCAGGACUCUGGCAUGAAACUGAGAACAACUUACAAGGGCUUCACUGAGGCAGUGGACCUUUACUUUGAUCACCUAAUGUCCAGGGUGGUGCCUCUCCAGUAUAAGCAUGGAGGACCCAUCAUUGCUGUGCAAGUAGAGAAUGAAUAUGGUUCCUAUGACAGAGAUCCUGCUUACAUGCCUUACAUCAAGAAGGCCUUAGAGGACCGUGGUAUCAUAGAACUGCUCUUGACUUCAGACAACAAGGAUGGCCUAAAGAAGGGAAUGGUCCAUGGAGUAUUGGCCACCAUCAACUUACAGACACGACAGGAGCUGCAGUUAAUGAACACCUUUCUUGUGAGUGUCCAGGGGAUUCAGCCUAAGAUGGUGAUGGAGUACUGGACAGGGUGGUUUGACUCAUGGGGAGGCCCACACAAUAUCCUGGAUUCCUCUGAAGUUCUGGAAACAGUGACCGCCAUCAUUGAUGCUGGCUCAUCCAUCAACCUCUACAUGUUCCAUGGAGGCACCAAUUUUGGCUUUAUAAAUGGAGCCAUGCAUUUUCAUGAAUAUAAGUCUGAUGUCACCAGCUAUGACUAUGAUGCUGUGCUGACAGAAGCUGGAGAUUAUACAGCCAAAUAUUCAAAGCUUCGAGAAUUUUUCGGCUCCUUCUCAGAUGCCCCUCUACCUCCCCCUCCUAAACCUCUUCCCAAGAUGACCUAUGAGCCAUUGAUACCGGUUUUCUACCUAUCACUGUGGGAUGUCCUCAGUUUCAUAGGGGAGCCAAUCAAGUCUGAAAAGCCCAUCAACAUGGAGAACCUGCCAGUAAAUGACGGGAAUGGACAGGCCUUUGGGUACAUUCUGUAUGAGACCAUCAUCACCUCAUCUGGCACCCUUAGUGGUGUUGUACGUGAUCGGGGACAGGUAUUUUUGGACACAGUAUCUAUAGGAUUCAUGGACUAUAAAACAACGAAGAUUAUUAUCCCCUUGAUUCAGGGUUACACCUUUCUGAGGAUCUUGGUGGAGAAUCGUGGGCGAGUCAACUACGGGAAUAAUAUUGAUGAUCAGCGCAAAGGCAUAAUUGGAAAUCUCUAUCUGAAUGAUUCUCCCUUGAAAAAAUUCAGAAUCUACAGCUUAGACAUGAAAAAGAGCUUCUUUCAGAGGUUCAGCAUUGACAAAUGGACUCGUAUCCCUGAUGUACCUACAUUCCCUGCUUUCUUCUUCUGUGGCUUUGUAAUUGGCUCUUCCCCUUCUGACACGUUUCUGAAACUGGAGGGCUGGGAGAAGGGAGUUAUAUUCGUCAAUGGCCAAAACCUUGGACGUUACUGGAACAUCGGACCCCAGGAAACCCUCUACCUACCAGGUCCUUGGCUAUUCAGAGGAAACAACCAGAUCAUCAUUUUUGAGGAGGUGAUGGCAGGCUCUGUGAUACAGUUUACUGACACCCCUUACCUGGGCAGAAACCAGUACAUUCACUAA